AAAUAAUUUGUUUCAUCAAAGCAUAUCUCCGAUACUGUCCUGACUCUGGCCCAUCCGUUUGUCACCUACAUACCUCCCACUAACACCUAUCAAACGCGCAGAUCCGAGCCAAAAUUGCCGACGAACAGCGACGCGAUGACGGGCAAUGGAGAAAGCAAAGACAAUUGGUCCUCAGAGGCCUACCAAAACGCGGCAUCGUUUGUGCCCAAGCUGGCCGUCGAGGUCAUGAAGUGGCUCGACCCGCAGCCGGACGACAUUAUCCUCGACAUAGGAUGCGGCGACGGCGUCCUUGACCUCCAGAUCGGCGAGGUGCUGGCCAAAGGCAGCGGGUCUCUGCAUGGCAUCGACAGCUCGCUGUCCAUGAUCGAGGCUUCCAAGGCUGCGGCUGCUUCUGCUGGUUUCGAGAACCUGACCUUUGAGGUCCACGACGCAGCCGACCUGGUCAGCAAGCCCGAGCUCCAGCAGGCCAGGUUCACAAAGGCCUUCUCCAACGCGGCCAUGCACUGGAUCCUGCGGCCCGAGGCGGCGCGCGAGGUCUUCUUCCGCGGCGUGCGCGAUGCGCUGUCCCCGGGGGCCACCUUCGCCUUCGAGAUGGGCGGGCUGGGUAACGUGGCCGAGCUCAAGGCCGGCAUCGUCGGGGCGACCGCGCGCCGCAUCGGCCUGCCGGCCGCGCUCGAGGCCUGCCCCUGGUUCUUCCCGGACGAGAGCUGGGUCAGGCGCGUGAUGGAAGGGGAAGGGGAAGGGUGCGGCGGCGGGUGGAAGGUCGAGCGCGUCGAGAGGGUCUGGCGGCCCACCGACGCCGACGCGGGCGGCGUCGACGCCUGGGUCCGGCUGAUGGGCAAGCAGAUGUUCGACGCCGUGCCCGAAGAGGCCGGCCAGCGCGAGGAGUGCAUCCGCGAGGCGGUGGGGUUGCUCGAGGCGGUUUGUGCCACGCCGGGAGGGGGCUACAUGUUUAGCUACGUCCGCCUGCGAGUCUUGGCCCGCAAGAUCUGAGCGGGCGGGAUUACGUUGCCGAUUUCUUUUCUGUUCUUUUCUUUUCUUUUCCUUUUAAUUUCUCUUCUCCCUUUUGCUUG